AUGCCCCUAAUGAGGAUAAGGAGUGUCGAGAUCGUCUUCGAAGACGAAAUGUCCGCUUGUACAGAUACCGGCCUACUGGAUAGAAGUAUUGAACUGAUCGUGUCCGAUAGCAGCGACGACUCCACUAAAUGCGUCGACGAUUUGGAACAUUUGCUAGAGAGGGAGGGCAACGACUCCGUCACGCUUAACGCAGAAGGAGACUUCUCUGAAGACAACUCGGUUUCAUUGAAACCUGUCAGCCCCGACAUUCCCAAAGCUGACAGUCCCCAGUCCAACGUCCAAGAUCAGGACACUCAGGCGCUAAGCGAAAGCGUAACGUUCCCCACCGAAGAUGUCAGUUUGUGUCUCCUGGUGUCCGAAAUGGGCGACUCCGGUCGUUUCACGGAGGACCCCAACUCAUCCCACUACCCGGCUUCGCAAGAAACGAUCCCGGCGUCCUCGUGCGACGACGCCCUGCUUUCUCAGUCAUUAGACGUUAUCAACGUAGACACAUCCACCAUACCGAGUACAUUAGAGAUAUCAGACAUUUCGAGUAUCAUAGACGACUCGCGCGGCAAACUGUUCGAGUACAUUGAUAGCUCGAGCUCGAGCUCGGACAGCACGGCGGUGUGCGACGGCGACGCGCGCCUGCAGCCGCUGCACUCCGCGCCCGCCGACGACGACACGACGGUGUGCGACGGCGACGCGCGCCUGCAGCCGCUGCACUCCGCGCCCGCCGACGACGACACGACGGUGUGCGACGGCGACGCGCGCCUGCAGCCGCUGCACUCCGCGCCCGCCGACGACGACACGACGGUGUGCGACGGCGACGCGCGCCUGCAGCCGCUGCAUUCCGCGCCCGCCGACGACGACACGACGGUGUGCGACGGCGACGCGCGCCUGCAGCCGCUGCAUUCCGCGCCCGCCGACGACGACACGACGGUGUGCGACGGCGACGCGCGCCUGCAGCCGUUGCACUCCGCGCCCGCCGACGACGACACGACGGCGUGCGACAGCUCCGACCUGCAGUAUGACUCCUUUGUAGAUUUGGGCAAGUUCUAA